AUGACUUCGUUCUUGCGGCGCUCGGGUGUCGUACGACUGGUUAAUCACCGCCUGACGCAGCUCGAAGGCACAGACGCGUCGCGGUUUAUUCAAGCAAUACUGACCAAUGACAUGAAGCUUUUUUCACACCGUGGAGAUGCGAUAUAUGGUGGAUUCCUAAACACCAAGGGGCGUGUGGUAGGUGACUGCAAUGUCGUACAAGUCGGGAAUGAUGCGUUUUUGCUGGAGUACCAUGAAGCAGUGGCUGAAUCAUUAAUGAAGCACUUAAAGAGAUACAAGCUGCGCAUGAAGGUCAAGAUUGAGGACAAGACAGACGCCUUUGCACUCUAUGUCACGUUGCCCGCUUUGGUGGGCGAGGAGAACGUUGCAUGCUGCUCAUCGUCAGUUGAGGCACUAGAUGAGAUACAGGCGAUGAACGUUGGAGACAAUCAUAAUGCAGUCGUGUACGCUGAUCCACGUGGAGAUUGUUUUGGUAUCCGGGCUAUUCUUCCAACUGACGCAAUUUUUUAUACACCAAAAGGCUACGAAACAAUGGAGAUGUCUGCAUACUUUGACCACCGUAUUGCUCUUGGAGUCGCGGAAGGCAAGGAGCUGGUCGAUGGAAUCCCACUCGAGUGCAACCUUGACUUGUUGCAAGGCAUAUCUUUUCGUAAAGGUUGCUAUGUUGGCCAGGAGCUCACGGCUCGCACGCAAUUCAAGGGCAAUAUCCGUAAGCGAUUAGUGCCUGCUGCUCUAAUUCCAGUCGGGCAAGAGGAUGUAGUGAAGGACCUGUCAAACCUUGCAUUCAAGUCGUUCAAUGCGCCAUCAAACAGAGCGCUGCGUGCCUACCUGGCCGGCUCAAAGGAUUGGAAGAGUGUGAAUACGCCUGAUAUCGGUGACAAGAUUGUGACCGCCGGUGAAACAAAAGCAGUUGGAACAAUAUUUAGUGUUGGGCAGGACGUAAGCAGUGCCAUUGUCAUGAUGCGUUUAGGUCAUCUACAUCAACCAGCAUCUGAGAACGACAAGACUGUGCCGACCAUAAAGUUCUCAACGCAGGAUGGUGCCUUCCGUGUCAUUCCAUAUCAACCUGCAUGGUGGCCUCAAUUGGAUUAUAAGACUGGAAAGAUGCUGUUAUAA